AUGUCAUCGCCCGUCAGCAACUGCCCACACUUGGAAUCAGUUGGUGAAAUAACAAAAGAGGAAUUGAUACAGAAAUCUCAUGGCACUUGUCAGGACUGUAAAGUCAGAGGACCCAACCUUUGGGCAUGCUUGGAGAACAGAUGUACAUAUGUUGGCUGUGGUGAAUCCCAUGUUGAUCACAGUACCACCCAUUCCCAGGAGACAAAACACUGUCUAACUGUCAACCUUACUACACUUCGUGUUUGGUGUUAUGCCUGUAGUAAGGAAGUAUUCCUGGAUAGAAAAUUAGGAUCUCAUUCUCCACUACCAAAUGCAAGACUGUCUCACCAAGCACAAGAAAAUAGUGUGCAGGAUUUUAAAAUACCUAGUAAUCCCACUCUGAAGACUCCGCUAGCAGCUGUAUUCGAUGACUUAGAUAUAGAAGUGGAAGAAGAUGAGUUAAAGACUAGAGGUCUAACAGGAUUAAAAAAUAUUGGAAACACUUGUUACAUGAAUGCAGCUUUACAAGCUCUUUCCAACUGCCCACCUUUGACACACUUUUUUCUUGACUGUGGAGGCUUAGCCCGAACAGAUAAGAAACCAGCAAUUUGUAAAAGUUACCUCAAGCUGAUGACAGAACUCUGGCACAAAAGCAGGCCUGGUUCCGUUGUUCCUACUGGUUUAUUUCAAGGUAUUAAAACUGUUAAUCCAACAUUUCGAGGCUACUCUCAACAGGAUGCACAAGAAUUUUUGCGUUGUCUAAUGGAUCUGCUUCAUGAAGAACUUAAAGAACCAGUUGUAGAAGUGGAAGAUGCCCAGCCUAUGAGUGUUGAAGAAAGUAUGGAAGAAGACAAGAGCCAGUCAGAUGUAGGCUUUCAGCCUUGUGAAUCCUGUGGUACCUGUGAUAAAACAGAAAAUGAUGCUAUUUUCAAACCUGUCUUAGAGGAUCCUGCAGAGACAACCAUGUUAAUUCAGGAUGAUGAUAACAACUCAGUCACUUCCAAAGAUUGGCAGAAAGAAAAAAUAUCAAGCAACAAGCUUAAACGAGCAAAUUCUAUGGAAGACUUGGAAAAAGACACAAACACUGCUACAGAGACCACUGAAUUUUUGAAUAAUCAAGGAACUGUCAAAGUACAGAUACACAGCAGGUUCUCAGAGUACAUUAGUGAUGUCCAUAUGAAUGAGGUAUCUGCAGCCCAAACCCCAUCAUCAAAUGAAGGGAUGAAUGCACGCUUAUCAAACAGUCCUCCAAAAUCAUUCUCAUCGUGCUCUUCACUGGCACUAGUCCACAAAAAAGUUUCGACUGUAUCAUCACCAAAAAGGAAGAAGCGCAAGAAGUACAGGAGUGUUAUCUCGGAUAUAUUUGAUGGGACUAUUAUAAGCUCAGUGCAGUGCUUGACUUGUGAUCGACUGUCUGUAACCCUGGAGACCUUUCAGGAUCUGUCCUUGCCUAUUCCAGGUAAGGAAGAUCUUGCUAAACUCCAUUCUGCAAGUCAUCAGACAUCUCUAGUCAAAGCAGGAUCAUGUGGAGAAACAUAUGCCCCCCAGGGAUGGAUAGCUUUUUUUAUGGAAUAUUUCAAAAGGUUUGUUGUCUCAUGUGUUCCUAGCUGGUUUUGGGGUCCAGUUGUAACCUUACAAGAUUGUCUUGCUGCCUUUUUCGCCAGAGAUGAGCUCAAGGGUGAUAAUAUGUACAGCUGUGGAAGGUGCAAAAAGUUAAGAAAUGGAGUGAAAUUCUGCAAAGUGCAAAAAUUUCCUGAGAUAUUGUGCAUUCAUCUCAAAAGAUUUAGACAUGAACUUAUGUUUUCCACAAAAAUUGGGACCCAUGUGUCCUUUCCUUUGGAAGGCCUUGAUCUUCAGCCUUUCCUUGCGAAGGACAGUCCAGCUCAAAUAGUGACUUAUGAUCUCCUGUCUGUCAUCUGCCAUCAUGGAACUGCCAGCAGUGGACAUUAUAUAGCUUAUUGUCGCAACAAUUUAAAUAAUUUGUGGUAUGAAUUUGAUGACCAGAGUGUCACAGAAGUAUCAGAAUCCACAGUUCAAAAUGCAGAAGCCUAUGUUCUCUUCUACAGAAAGAGCAGUGAAGAAGCACAGAGAGAGAGACGGAGGAUAUCGGGUCUACUGAAUAUGAUGGAACCAAGUCUUCUGCAGUUCUAUGUUUCCAGACAGUGGUUAAAUAAAUUCAAGACUUUUGCGGAGCCAGGACCAAUUUCAAAUAAUGACUUUCUCUGUGUGCAUGGAGGUGUUCCUCCACACAAAGCUAACUUCAUAGAAGACCUAGUUGUAAUGCUACCUCAAAAUAUAUGGGACAAUCUGUAUAGCAGGUAUGGAGGAGGACCAGCUGUUAACCAUCUGUAUGUUUGUCACACCUGCCAAAUAGAGUCUGAAAGAACUGAAAAAAGAAGGAAAAAUGAAUUGGAAAUGUUUAUUCGGCUUAAUAGAGCAUUCCAAGAAGAAGAAUCUCCAUCAACGUUUUACUGCAUCAGUAUGCAAUGGUUCAGAGAAUGGGAAGGAUUUGUAAAGGGUAAAGACAGUGAUCCUCCUGGUCCUAUUGAUAACGCUAAGAUUGCAGUAACAAAAUAUGGGAAUGCUGUGCUAAAACAAGGUGCAGAUUCUGGACAAAUAUCCGAAGAAACAUGGAAUUUUCUUCAGUCAAUCUAUGGUGGAGGUCCGGAGAUUAUACUCAGACCACCUGUUCCUCCAGUUGAACCUGAUAUCUUGCAAACAGAGGAGAAGAUUGAAUUAGAAACUCAUGGUCUGUAGCUAUUGAGAAAAAGAUGAACUUGUAAGAAAUCCAGCUUCCUUACAAAAUGCCGAAAAUACAUUCCUAAAAGUUUUACUCUUAUGUCUGUUGGAGGCACAGCUCACUGGGCAUUACAUUAACUACAAAAUAGUAAGUUGAAAUAAGUAUUACAAUUUGUUUAAAUAGAGGCUGUUUCUCUGUUUUGGAAGGCAUGUGGUUUGUAUGUUUUGGAGUAUUUGGUUAAUGGAAAAAGACACAAUUUGUGAACUUUUGGUAUAAGUCAAAAUCCUGUUAUAUCCUUAGACUUGAAAAAUGGGGUCAAAUUUUAUAGAUGUUCAGUAACCCUUCUGAUUUCUGAUUGGGCUUCUGAUAUCUACAAACUUUUGCCUGUCUUAAUUGUACAGUCUUGACAAGCCUAGGUAUAUAGGGAGUAUAUUUUAAAUGGAUUACAAUAAAUGACAAAGAAAAAGGAUUUUAAUUUCCUAAAUGCUCAGGAAAAAAAUUCUCACUUAUUUUGCACUGUAAGUAUAUGGAAUAGGCAGUACAUAACAUCCAAAUACUUACUGUAUUUGAAUGGAUCAAACAUUAGUGUAGAUUGAAUAUUGUUUUAGUCAGCAAAUGUCAUAACUUAUUACCUACUAAAUUUUCCAUCUUAUUAUAGUCUUCUGUAACUCUAUAAACCUGACUAGUGUCUUUAAUAGUAUAUAUGACAAAAAGAUUUAGUCUUCUCUAGGGUAAUGUUUGAGAGCAUGAAGUGUGGAAUGUAAAAUUAUUAUGGACAUGAGUGAUAUAAAUUUCAGAAAUUAAGUUGUCUUGUCUCUUGAAUUACAUUCAUAAACAGUUCCAUUUGAAGGAUUUUAUUGUAUUGUUAAAAAUCUUCAUUGGCAUGGUGACCUAUAAUGUCAGAAGCUGGAUAAAAUGUAUAUAUUGCAAAACUUUAUUGAAUGAUUCUGAUUGGAAUGCAGAAUGGCACUUGCUCUUGUUUUUGCCUGAUAUUGUUACCAAAUAAGCAGCAUUAUUCAAGGCUGGGUCAAUAAUAAUAAUAAAAAAAUUAAACUGUG